CGGGCUCUUGCAGUUCUUCCUCCCGGGCUGGCGGGGCGACGGGUUGGGAGCUUUUGCUCGGCUCCUUCCUCUUUCGCUUUCACACACACACACCCCCGCCAUCAUCCGCCUCCUUCCUGCGCUUUGCCAUCAGCUGUUGCGGCUUCGAGAGGGUCCUCCACGAUCCCCCCAAUCAGACAUGGAAGCGGCCGAGAGCAAAUUUACAGCCCUGCGGGACGAGCUGAUGGCGUCCUUGUUCAGAAACCCGACGGAGCAGAACCCCGAAUCUGUACAGGGCAUGGUGGAGCUGGCGUUGCCGUUCGAACAAAAAUACCGGGAAAUAGACGCGAAAGAUCUUAUCCGGGACAACGCUCAGGGAGAGAUCUUAAAGGACCUUCGCACUGUCUCAGUUGCCUUGAACAUCCUGGAGAAAUACGGCCGCAACUUAUUGACCCCCCUCAAGCCUCGUUUCUGGCGGAUGGUCAAGUUCAACAACCCCGUCUUCCGGGACACGGUGGACACCAUCAAGGGCGGCCGCGAUGUUCUUCGCCUCUACGGCUACUCUGAAGAGCAGGGGGACGGGCUGUGCUUCCCAGAGCAUCUCCUAGAACCAGACAUCGCCCGAGUGGCUUCUGUCACCGUGGACAUCAUGCUCUUGCGGGCUGAGCUGAACCUCCUCCUUUCGAUCUUAAAGGACCUUCGCACUGUCUCAGUUGCCUUGAACAUCCUGGAGAAAUACGGCCGCAACUUAUUGACCCCCCUCAAGCCUCGUUUCUGGCGGAUGGUCAAGUUCAACAAUCCUGUCUUCCGGGACACGGUGGACACCAUCAAGGGCGGCCGCGAUGUUCUUCGCCUCUACGGCUACUCUGAAGAGCAGGGGGACGGGCUGUGCUUCCCAGAGCAUCUCCUAGAACCAGACAUCGCCCGAGUGGCUUCUGUCACCGUGGACAUCAUGCUCUUGCGGGCUGAGCUGAACCUCCUCCUUUCGGAUGCUCACCCCAAUCCUCUGAUGUUUCAAGAGUUAAUAAAAGGAUACGACAGUUUACAGGCCAGCCUCCUCACAGACGCCUGUCCGGUUCAAGAACACACACCCCAGCUUCCAGUGAAUACAUUGUCACAGUCAGGGUACCUUCCCCCGGACGCCUGCCUCCUUUGCGGAUUGGAGACCCCGUCCUUUCACUGCGCCGCUUGCGCCCAGUCCCUCUGCCUAGACUGCGACCGUCUCUUCCACAAACACCCUUCGCGAACCCAUCACCAGCGGGUCCCCCUGAAGGACCACGCGUGGCGCAGCCCACCGCCUCCACCUCCAGCGCCACCUCCUUCCAGCCUUUCCAUCGUGGCCUCUGAUGCGACGUCCUUGCCGCCGAUGGAGCCCCUGACGGCGCCCUGGUCGAGCCUCUCUGCUCCGCGGCCCCCGUGGUCUUGCGCGAACUGUCGCACGACCAACGACGCCCGCUACGUCCUCUGCGUGGCCUGCGACCGGCCCCGUGGCUGCCGGAUGCCGCCAAGUACCAGUUCGGAAGAGGACCCCGGGAGCUGGGGCCAGACGGUCCGGGGACGCUGGUCCUGCCAGUCCUGCACCUUCGAGAACGAGGCGGCCACCGUCUUGUGCGCCAUGUGCGAGCGGCCGCGUCUGGCUGGGAAACCCGGGAUGGGCGACGCGAAGCCCCUGAUCGCCUGGGGCCCAGAAACGGGACAGCAGGAGGAAGAGUCUUCCGGCUGGCAGUGCGAACACUGUACGUACUGGAACAAGAUCCGUGGCCGAGUGUGUGAAAUGUGCAACCGGACCACCCAGCGCGGAGGGCCGGCCCCGGCGCUGCUUCCCCCCAAGCCGGAAAAAGAAGAGGAGGACCGACAGAGGAAAAGCCUGACGUCGGAAGUCAAGGGGGAUCCCAAAGAUGGGAACAAGACCUCGCUCGUUUCCCAGGAAGAAGCGGAGCGUCGGAGGCAGGAGAAGCUGCGCGAGGACGGGCAGAAGAUGGUGGCCAUGAUUCGGGAGGCCGAGGCGUUUGGGGUGGCCCCCGAGAUGGUGGCUGCUGCCUUGCGCUACUCUGGGGCGGAGCUGCCUCUGGCGUGGCUGAAUUCGGAGCUCCCUUGCGUCCUGGAAGGGAUGGCGGAGCUGGCCACGCAGCGUGGCGAGCAGGAGCCCGGGGGCGGACUGGGCGUCAUCACCCGAAAGGAAGUCCAGGCCGCCUGGGUGGAGAGCCAGGGAGACGUGGACGAAGCCGUCGCCCGGUGCCUGGCCACCCGGCGCAACAAGAUCCAGGAGCUGAAGGCGCUGGGAUUUGAGGAGCGCGGGCCGGUCUUGGAGGCGCUUUACCAAAACAACGGCGAGCUGUGGCGGGCGUUGGUGCCGCUGCAGCGCCGGGUGUUGGAGCCCUUUCAUCAGCAGCUCUGGGAGGAGAAAGAGCCCCCAAUCGACGUCCAUUGCCCUGACCGGCAGGCCCUUCUGCGGCGCCUCUUGGCCUCUCUGUCCCUGCCCAGCUGGGGACGCGCGGAGCUGGUGGUCUCCCUGAUGCUGGAGCAGCCGGCCGACGGAGGCUGGGAGCUGGCCGACAUCGUGGAGGCCGUCAAAGCCUCCCCCAGUCGUGAUUUCAUCAAGCGCCUGCUGAACUGGGAAUGUGCCGUCUGCAGCUUGGCCCUGCCGCGCAACAAGAUGCAGUCUCUGACGUCGUGCGAAUGUACCAUUUGCCCUGAAUGCUUCGCCCUCCACUUCACCAUCGCCGUGAAAGAGAAGCACAUCACGGACCUGGUCUGCCCGGCUUGCUCCGAGCCGGAAAUCAGUGACGAGAAAGAACUUCUGAGCUACUUCUCUACUCUGGACGUCCAGCUGCGCAGCUGCCUGGACCGGGAAACCUACGAUCUCUUUCACAAAAAGCUGACGGAGCAUGAGCUCAUGCGGGAUCCGAAGUUCCAGUGGUGUACGCAUGUGAGUAAGCUGCUUGGGGCCGCCUUCUUGCCGGGUGGAAAAGGGGCACAACCAAGGAAGUGUUCGGGGAGUUGUGCGUAAAGGGGAGGAAAGAGCUCUUAUAGGAAAGGCGUGUAACGAAUUGUCCAUAUUUUUAAAAAUUUACAUUUUUUUGGUGCAUCAAACCAAACUCACAAGAGACAGAAACAUGGUGGCUUCUUGAAGAC